AUGGAACUUGUGAGCCCGCUGCAAAAUAUGAAAAACCACAAAGCAAUCGUCUAUUUCCGGUCGCUCGCCACACUCGAGCAAGCCUGUGCCAUAACAAGAUGGCCAGCUUAUCACGGCCAACUGACUAAGUUCCAACAGGAAACCAAUAUUCGGGAAUGGAAGAAUAGCACGGCAGGAGAUGGUGUGAUUGCUGCCACAACUGCUCUGGGCCUUGGGGUUGAUAUUCCAGAAGUGGUUAUUGUCAUUGUGCUCGGUAAGCCAUAUUCACUCAUUGACUUGGUGCAGCAGUUUGGCCGCGCCGGCCGCAAUCCCAAUGGCCAGGCAGCCGAUGCCAUUCUCAUUUGCGGGCAGCCCAAAUUUCCAAUCAGCAUCUUCACAGACAAGGAGUGCCGCCGACGCGCCCUCGCCAGCUACCUCGAUGGCGAACAAAGAACUGAAUGCUUGCCCAACGAGGCCAAGUGCGACAACUGC